GAGUUAACGCGAGUGCUACUGUCGAAGUAGUGUUCAGAAAAGUGUACGGACUGAUAAUAGGCGCUUAAUGACCAAACCAACACCGCUAAAGGGCGACUCAGGCUAGCUCAGGCUGCACCUAGCCUUGCCCAGGUUAACCUGAGUGGCGUGCCACUUCCUGAAUUCCAGAGGCUUGUUGAAAUAAACGUAUUUACAUAGCAGGUUGCACAAGGCUUUGCAUGCAUGUACUUACAAAACUCAAACAACCGGUUGGCUGUUCAGCAGUCACUGCGGUGUGUUUGUAUGGGACCAGACGGUAGUUAGUCUUAAAUAUGCUGUUUCUCUGAUAGGUUCUUCCCACUCGUGAAAACAUGAACUGUAAUGUCUCCUGUGGAAACGGUGUCUGGACCGGCCACGACUGUGCUGUAGGUCAGCAUCUGCACUGUUUGCUCGUAAAUGUGACAGACUACACCAACGCAUCCAGCCUCACUAUGGGUCAGGACAGGGGGAAGUACGAUUUCUACAUUGGUCUGGGACUGGCCAUCAGCUCCAGCAUCUUCAUCGGGGGCAGUUUCAUCCUCAAGAAGAAAGGACUUCUGAGGCUGGCGAGGAAGGGAUCGAUGCGGGCAGGCCAGGGAGGUCAUGCAUAUCUAAAAGAAUGGCUGUGGUGGGCUGGUUUAUUAUCAAUGGGCGCUGGGGAAGCAGCUAACUUUGCAGCGUAUGCCUUUGCUCCUGCGACACUGGUCACUCCACUGGGAGCCCUCAGCGUGCUCGUCAGCGCGGUGCUGUCGUCAUACUUUUUGACAGAGCGGUUAAACCUGCAUGGGAAGCUCGGCUGUCUGCUCAGCAUCUUGGGCUCCACCACCAUGGUGAUUCACGCCCCGCAAGAGGAAGAGAUAAGCAGCCUCGAGGAAAUGGCCAACAAGCUGGUGGACCCAGGGUUUUUAUUCUUUGCCACUGUAGUCAUCAUCGUGGCGCUCAUCUUUAUAUUCGUCGUGGGUCCCCGUCACGGUCAGACCAACAUCCUCGUCUACAUCACCAUCUGCUCAGUGAUCGGGGCUCUAUCGGUGUCCUGUGUCAAAGGACUGGGCAUCGCCAUCAAGGAAGCCAUCGCUGGGAAAAGCGUGGUGAGAAACCCACUGGCGUGGAUCCUGCUGUUGGGUCUGGUGGGCUGCGUGAGCACACAGAUCAACUACUUGAACAAGGCUCUGGACAUAUUCAACACGUCCCUGGUGACGCCCAUCUACUACGUGUUCUUCACCACGUCCGUGCUCACCUGCUCCGCCAUCCUCUUCAAAGAGUGGGAGCACAUGGGCACCGACGACGUCAUCGGGACCCUCAGCGGCUUCCUCACAAUCAUCGUGGGCAUCUUCCUGCUCCACGCCUUCAAAGACAUUAGCGUCAGUUUGGCCACUCUCGCCGUGUCCAUGAGGAAGGAGGAGCGAGCCUUUCCUGCUGCCAACGGCGUGGCUUCCCACAGCACCUACGAACUGCUACACGACGAGUCCACCGAGGACAUGGACAGAGAGAUAGGCUUGCCUUUUGAUAGCGUCUCCAGAAGGAACGGAGCAAUGAGCUCCUCAUUGGAUCACUGAGGAACUUUUUCUCAGCUCCCUACUGACUUAGCCAUGGCAUUGCUGCAGACAUGGCGUAUGAAACAAUAAGACAAUCAGCUGUGUGGGGAGAGUAACUCGGACAGACCAGUGGAUUGUAUUUGAUGUUUUAAUUUGCCUUACUUUUCUCAGAAUAUGAGCUGGUCAUAUUCGGUUACCGUUAGAACCUAAUUUCAUUCCUCUGUAGCGCUGUAAAUAAGUUUUUCUGAAGAAAUGUUUUGUUAUAUGUACAUGCAUAUCAUGCACUGACUUACUUUCUAUAAAUCAACGAAGAUGAAGUUUUAAUAUAUAUUCUAUAUGAGGUCCUCCUGACAGUGACAUUUGAUAGGACAUUCACUAUAAUUUGAGUUUUUGUGAUACUUGAAAGUAACGAUUUUUGUUGGGAGUCAUUCUGAACUUUUUUUUUGUAGUUUUUACAUGAAAAGCUCGGUGAAACCAACAGAUUUGUUACAUAUUUAUUGAAUUAAAAUGAUUAAAACAUUUGAAACACAAGGCACAGUGAAUAAAUGCUUAACAAGA